CUACCUCCUAACAUAGUGAAGAGAGAGAGAGAGAGAGAGAGAACAGAACAGAGAAGAGAUCAUGUGCACAGUGGAGAAGCGAGGCAAUCUGUACAUCCUAACCCUAACAGGCAACAAUGAACACCGUCUAAACCCAACCUUAAUCACCUCAAUCCGUUCAUCUCUCUCCCAAAUCAAAUCUCAAGCCCUCAAAUCCAAAACCCCAUCCGCCCUAAUUACAACCGCACACGGCAAUUUCUUCUCCAACGGCUACGAUCUUUCAUGGGUGAACUCAACUCCAAAUCCUACAAUUUCGAAACAAAUCGUCGAUUCUCAAUUACAAACCCUAAUUUCCGACCUAAUCUCAUUCCCAAUGCCGACAAUCGCCGCCAUUAACGGGCACGCUUCAGCAGCAGGGUUGAUCCUAGCAAUGGCGCACGAUUAUUUGGUGAUGAGGAGAGAGAGAGGGUAUUUGUACAUGAGUGAGGUGGAUAUAGGGAUGGUGAUUCAACCAUGGUUUUUUGCAAUAUUAAGGAGCAAGAUUGGGGGGUGGGAAGGAAGGAGGAAGGUGGUUUUAAUGGCGGAGAAAGUUACAGCGGAGACGGCGAAGAGAGAGAUUGGGGUUGUAUAUGAGGUUUAUGAUGGUGUUGAGGGGACGGUUGAUGGGGCUGUCAAAUUAGGGGAGAAAUUGAUGAAGAGGGGGUGGGAUGGUGUGGUUUAUGGUGAAAAUAGAAAGGGUUUGUUAAGUGAGGUUUUGGAUUUGAUUAGUAAAAAUGAUGAUGAUGAUGAUGAUGCAAAAUGUCAUGGGAUUAGGCCUCGUCUCUAGGCUAACCUUGAUUCUUACGCCCAAGGUACUCUUUGGAGUAUAUAGAGGCUGGAGUGAGCUGUGUACCAAUACACAUCUCAAUGUACUACUAAGGAAUAAAUUAUAACUUGUGCUUAUUGUAUGGUAGUAUGAUUUCUAAUGUGCUCUUGUGAAAAUAGAGAGGCUAGUGUUUACUUGUGUCUUGUAUGAUAGAGAAUUUGUAGGGAUUCUUAAGUUUUUAUAAUGCUCAUCUUUUGAGGAAAUGAUGCUUGAUGUAAAUAAUACUAGAUUAAGCUCGUGUGAUAUACAAUUAUGUGUUUAUAUUGAAUAUAAUAAACUCAAAGGUCUAAAGUGUCA